UCUUUUCCAUAAUUUUAUUUCAAUAAAUGUCACCGGCUGGAUGAGUCAGUUAUUAUCAUUAGGGAAGAUAAAAUAAGUAUUAUCAUUAUGUUCAGGGAAAACUGAACACUGCUGUUGAGGCGAAAAUUCAGACAAUGACUUACAACAAUGAUUAGCAGGAUACGAUCAGCUAGUUUGAAAUCCAAACUGGAGAAUUCAACAUUGUCUAAACCAAGACCAUCAAAAGAGGACAUUAUAAGUACCAUUGAUGGAUUUAGUGGCAAUGUUGAGAAUGGAGAACCAGCUCCUGAGAUGACAGAAGACAAUAACAACUUGACAAGACACAGCAGUAAAGACAGCGUCAACUCUGACUCAUGGGAAAUACCUGAUAUUAAACCAAUUGGUGCUAGUUAUACAAAUGCAUACAGCACAGAAUGGGAGAAGUUAUAUACAAAGCCAAAUUACAGGAGGUUGUUAAAACAUUAUGCAAUGAAUGGGUAUUUAAGAAGCAGCAGAUUUCGCAGUGUAAGCUGGAAGGUUUUUCUAGAAGUUUUGCCUGAUGAUGUUAACUUAUGGGUAUCUAAGACUAGGGAAUGGAGAAAUAAGUUUGAUGAUCUCAAAAACAGUUUAAUAGUAAAUCCUAGGAAGGCUGUGGACCAUAUAGAUCUAUGUGUCAACAAUCCACUCUCACAGGCAGAUGAGAGUCCAUGGAAUAGAUUUUUCCAGGAUAAUGAACUGAGGCUCACUAUUAAACAGGAUGUUAUCAGAACUUUUCCUGAAGUCCAGUUUUUUCAGUCUGAAGAAAUACAAGAAAGAAUGAUAGACCUUCUUUUUAUCAUCUGUAAAACUAGGUCAACUAUUUCUUAUAAACAGGGAAUGCAUGAACUACUUGCUCCUCUCGUGUUUGUUCUACACUGUGACCACCAAGCUUUCUUACAUGCUUCAGAAGUAGAAUCUUUGGGAAAUGAAGAACUACCAGUGUUCUGGGAAAUUAUAAAGGAAGUAAUGAACCCAUCCUAUCUGGAACAUGAUGCAUAUGCUAUGUUGUCACAAAUAAUGGAAACUGUUGAACCUUGGUAUGUGUCUAAAGAUCCACCUCAUUUUAGGGGAAAGGAAAGAAUGACCACUACACCAUUUGCCAGACCCCAGGAUUUAAACCCAUCUAAUGCAAUAGUCAGUAAAUUAACCAGGAUACAGGACUACAUCCUGAAGAAGUUUGAUAUAGAAUUACACAUGCAUCUAGACAGACUAGAAAUACCUCCACAGAUAUAUGGCAUUCGCUGGAUAAGAUUAUUAUUUGGAAGAGAGUUCCCAAUGCAGGACUUGUUAGUAUUAUGGGAUGCCUUGUUUGCUGAUGGUAUUGGUUUUGAUCUGGUAGACUUCAUCUUUGUUGCCAUGUUACUGUACAUAAGAGAUUUGUUGCUUGCAAGUGAUUACCCACAAUGCCUAAAUUGUUUAAUGAGAUAUCCUCCUGUUGGUGAUGUUCAUUACUUGAUAGAAAAGGCUAGAUACCUGAGAGACCCUAAUAGUCAUCCAAGACCACCAAACUAUACAUACCAAAAUGUGAAUAUAGUCAAGACUGCAUCUGUUCGGAACAAACCUAUACCUGCUUCUAAUUCUUCCAUUGUCACCACUAAUACCACUAACAAACCUUCCAUGACAACCAGCUGGUCAAGUUUCAGUAGGAGAAUGUCUGGUUCCCGACCAAAGACAUUAAUUGUAUCGUCUGACAAGCAGAAAAUGUACAAGUCCACUAGUGUUCCAAUGAACCUUCAGACUGACAUAUCUCCAGGAACUCCACAGUACCCAAAACAGAAGAGAGGAUCUUCAGCAAGUUUGUCACAGAUGGAAGAUGGUUAUUUCAAAUCUGGAAAUUCAACACCUUCUACAACCAGGAUAGAAACUUCUGGUAAUGCAGCAGCUGCUAUGGCAAGAAUGGAACCUUCUGUUCGGCAAACAUCUGGGCUCAGUCCAAAUUCUGAUGAUGGGGCUGGCAGCAUGUCAAAAUUUGCAACCUUGCCUAGUCCAAAAGGAAAAGGAAAGAAAGUCAAUAAGGAAAAAGAAUAUGAAUUUCAGAUUGGUAUUUUACAAAACCAGAUGUCAGAAAAAGAAUCCAUGUGUGAUUAUGCAUCACAAAAAUUAGAUAUACAUAUAGAUCGUCUGCAGUCAGAACUAUUACAACAAAACUUACAAAAUGAGGAUGAAAUUCUUAUUGCAAUAGCUGGAAUUAAACAGGUGAGAGAUUUACUUAAAGGAACUCUCAAGUUUUCACAGAAUCUUGUUGAUGAUGAUACAGUUUUAAAAACUUCACAGAUUUCUUCACAAGAUUCAUCAUCACCAGAAACUGAUUCUUCAGUUGAUCAACCCAUUAACCAAAAGGAAAUUGAAGAAAAAAGACCUGAAGUUAAAAAAGGUGGCAAAAUGUUUUACAUGAGUAGUGAAGAAAAUUCAGAAGUGGCAGAUUCGCCCACAAAUGACUUUGUAGCAAAUUCUAGAAUACCAGAAACAAAUUAUGAACUGAAUGACUACACAGAGACACACAAGUAUAGAGCUGAACCAAAAAUGAGCAAAGCUCUUCAAUAUGAAGGAAAAAAAGGCAAGAAAAAUAACACUAACAGAGGGGAAAACAUUGAAAAUAUAACACAUCCUAUUGUACAGUCAAGUAAAACAGAAAAAGAUAGUCUCAAUCCUUUUGACUGCUCAGAUUCAGAGGAAGAUGAAAAUUUUUCUCACCCACUUGUAAAUACAAAUGAACAAAAUAUGAACCCUUUUUAUUCUGAUUCAGGAGAUAGUGCUUAGAAUAAUGCAGUCAAAGUUUCUUAACUAAGUCAAAAUGUUCUUUAUCUGCAACUGUAUGUACUGUUUUAAUACUAAAUGUUUAUAACUUAUAUUAGGAUUGUCCAGAACAUGCAAGAAAUAAUUGACAGUUGACGUUAAAAGUAACCAACAAUCAAUCAUAUAAUCAGGAAAUUUCUGAAAUUUUUUAAAUAAAAAACAAUUAUAGUAACCCUUAUGUCAUCAGCCAUUUGCUUACUUCCCCAUUAUAGCAGUGUAUUUCAUUUUAUGCCAGGAGUGUAUUAUUUUUUUUACAUUUGAUGUAUUAGAUCAAAAAGAAAAACAAACCUUAAAAUACUGACAUGGUGUAAACCUACAAAAUGACAAACAUGUUAGAUUAUGAUAAAAAAAAAGAUUCUUAAACAUCCCACCAAAACUUGAAAUGGACAUAUUGUUUCAUUAUUAGGUUGCACUGAAAACAUGUAUUCAACUAUUUGGUUUAUUUUUAACAGUAUUACUGACAUGUACUAUACAUUAUACAAGCAAAAUACAUAAUGAGUUGUCUCCCAUGUGAAGUUUCACCACAAUAUCAGUGUCAGAAGGGAAAAUAAACAGUCAUUUAUACACUUCUAAUGCUCAAAUUCCAGGCAAAAGGUAAAUUGAAUUUAAAUUUUUGUUAUAAAAAUUGUUUUAUACAUUUUAAAAGAAGAUAAUUUUGAAAAAUACUAGUUUUGCCCUUUCAAAGUGAAUUUGUUGAAACAGUCCUUUACCUAACCUCCUUACAAAAAUCCAGUGUUAAUACUAGUCACAGAUUUAGGGGAUUUUGAUUUUUUGAAGCAGAUUGUUAGUCCUUUUACAAGCACAAGUACAAAUGUUAUAUUUUCAAAUUUCUCAAUAAGAAUUCAAGAAAAUGACAACUUCUCAAAGAUAUGAUUGAGUUGUGAAUUUACACUAGGGUUGAUAGAUUUUUACUUUCUAAACAUCCAGUAAAAUUCCACUUGGAUAUUAACAUUUCAACAUAAAGAGUUUGUCAGUAAAGCAGAUACAUUUUCUUGUAACAAGGAAUUGUUCUUUUUCUGCAGAAACAUUAAUUGUCAAAUUGAUAUAAAAUCAGCCAAAUAGAAAAUAAAACAUUUGUCUAGUAGUAUGCAUGUGAAUAGAUUUAUUUAUUGAAAGGUGCAAGAAUAUGAAGGUUUUGGGUGCUCAAAAUUCUAGCUUCAUAUUCAUACCCAAUCUUAGAGCAAUUAAUCUCCCCAAUCCAUUGCAUUGCAUUGUAAAGCAAUUUAAUUUUUAAAAUAAUUAGAAUAGGGUUUUUUUUUAUUAUGUAAAGAUGGUUUAUUUUGAGAAUUUAUAUUGUAAAAAGUUCUCUGUUGAAGUUUGUUUCUGAUAAUUUCUUAAGGAAUGCAUGAUAAAUUCAUGGUAAUAAGAGUUGAAGCAAAUUGUAAUAAUACACUCAUGUAUUUGUAUGCUCUUUACUUGAAUACUGCUUUGUAGUUGAUUAAUCCUAGAAUUUCUUGUCAGCUAAGGCUAUUCACUAUGUGCCAUCAGUAUAUAGUAUACAUGUAUAUAUAUUGUGUGUUUUAUGGGUAAAAAUCUUGUUUUAUUCUGUUACUUGUAGAUAAUGGUUUACCAAAUAAUAAUGUAUUGAUUUGUUAGAUAUUUUAUUUAAUAGUCUAUUUCCUGAAUAUUAUUUAUUUAGAAUCUUAUGUGUAUAGUCGUGUGAAUUUUGUGAAUUAAUAACUUAGUGAUAUUGUUCCCAUGUCCAUCAGAUAAUUGCUCAUUAAUAGUAUAUGGCAGAAAGGUCAUUACUAGUAAAAUCUUUUAGUUCAUUAAUUCAGCUUUUAUUGUUUGUACAUUGAUCUAUUUCAUUUCCCUAAUUUUAGUUUUGAAAAACCUUUUAUGAUUUUUGUACUCUCUCCAAAUGUUUUUAUCAUACAUGUAGAUUUAUCCUUGUAUGUCUACUGAUCUGUUCUAACUCUGUGUUGCAGUAUGUUACACCAGAAACCUACUAUGUGUUGUGAUCAGGGUUCUCACAAAAGAUUAUUGAAGACCAGUCCAGGGACUUAACAUUUUUGGCCAUGGCGAGUCCAACAGUGAGAAAAUGAAAUUUUAUUGAUGUACAAUUUAUUUAUUUCAUUCUCAAUGACAAAAGAGAGCAAAGAAAUGACAUCACAUUUAGAUUAUUUUAAAACUUUUGAUGACAAUAUAUGUGCAACAAUUUACAAUCUGAAUGCAUCUUUGGCUCACCAGUUUUGAAAAUGAUGAGUCUAGGCAGAUUUUCAUGAGUCCAGGACUCAUGGAAUCGCGCUAGUGAGAACCCAUGUGAUGAUGCUAAGGAGCAACUUGUUAUCAAUGAUAUUCUACAACUAAUCAAGCAGUCAAAAACCUAUAACAGUAGAUCAUUUAUAUUUCAUUACUGCGAUUCUUUUACAUUGUACAUCAUUUAGUCUACUGUAAGUCCAUGACAUACAUUUUAUGCUUGAGUGACUUUGGGUUAAAUUUCACAAAACCUUUUAAAGUGUUGAAAAAUCUUCUUCUGAAGGAAGUUUAAAUUAAUUCUGAAAUAUUUUGGUCACUGUAUUCAGAAUUUCUGUGUUGAGCUUCUUUUGUUUCAUAUUUAAGAUGUUCAAGGUGUUUUUUCAAUGGUAUUUUACUAUUUUAAUAUCCUGGUACAUUGUAAAAUAAUGCCAUCAUGAAUUACAUGAAUUGCUAAAGAGACUAUUGUUGGGUUAUAGAUGAUAACUUUUCACAUAUGUAUUUUGGUGAAUAAUAUUAUGGCAUACAGAGACAUCUGGUUUUAAAAUAAUUUUUCAAGCAACAAUUGUGAAAACAUUCAGUCAUUUAUAAAGUAUUAGGUCAGUAUUGUACUGUACUUUUUUUCUUUUCUUGUUUAAGAACGAAUAUUUAUUUUUUAAGGCUCCUAAUGUAUUUUACGAUAUUUAAGUGUCCUUGUGCAAAAUCCUUCUUCCAUUUCAAGAUGCUGUUAGCGAAGAUGGAUGUUUAGCAAUAUUUCAUUGGCCUUGGACUUGCACAUAUUUUAGCAUGAAUCAAAGAACAUAACUUAUAAGCUAUAAAUUUCAUAAUAUACUACCUCUAACAUUUAAAAAAAAAAUUGUAUUUUUUAUUCACCUUCAAGAAUAAGUUUGUUGUUUAAAAUAUGUCGAUCUUUCUGCUUUUCACAUUGUUUAUUUUGCUUUUUGAUAUCUUGUUAAUCUAUUACUGUUUAUCAGUGAAACAAUGUAGUCCUCUUUAUAAAUAUAUCUCAAUUUUACAACAUUUUGAGUCACAUUGGCAUGUCAAGCCUGAAUGAUUUUUUGAAUAUUUGUAUUUUAGAUUCAUUUCUCACCAGCCCAUUAUAUCAUUUUACAUUGUUUAAACAAUAUCAUAAAUGACAUCACAAGUAACAUUUCUGCACUAAAGUGUCCAGAUUACAUCAUCCUAUUCAUUUACCAAUAAAUUUAACAUAAUUUUAAAAGGUUUGAAGAAUUUUACUCAUUUUGCACUUUUCCUAAAGUUUUGUGUUGUUCAUUUCUAUCAAACAUUACCACAAUCCUUUUUCAUAUAAAAUUUCUUAGUUAAUAUUUGGGUCACUACGAUCUACAUUUCAUGAUUGAGCAACAUAAGUUGCCAAUUUAGAUGCAUACCUCGAAAAAGUCUUAUUAGUCUUCAUUAGAAUUUUGUGAAGAUUUUUAAUUGAUUAGUCAUUACAACAAUCCUCCUAUGUAUUGGGAAUCAAUUAUUCAAAGCUUAGCCUAUAUUUUUAUCAUUUAUAAUAAUAUUUCAAAAAAACUGUAUUUUUGCUAUACUGUUAAGCAUAGCACUUGAUUCCUUGAUUGAUUUUUUUCACAGCAGGGCAUUCAAAUCUUAAAAACACAUCAACUUGGGGUUGUUUUUUUUUUCAUUUAUUCAAUGUUGGAUAUGGAAUGAUUUUAAUAGUUAUUUUUUAAUUUAAAUUUAAGUCUUUCAAAAUUAUCAUAAGCAUGUUGUAAAACUUUAAAAAAAAACAUGCAUAUUUCUUUGUCACAAGAAAACAAAUUUAAAUAGGGGAUAACUAUAGUCAAUAUUUCAUUUUAAUACAUAUAUUUAUAAAUGUGUAUUAUACAUGAACUUCACUUUUUCUUCUUUAAACAACGACUUUUCCUUAUUUUUGUUUUGUUAAAAAAAAAACCAAAUGUAUCUAAAUAUUUGUUUUCUUCAGAUUUAUUAUUAAUUGAUUAGUGUGACAACAUUAUGGAUAAUUAUUGUGGAUUUAUAAUAUAACUUUUGUUCUAUUACUAGUAAUAAGUAUCUUUGUCUGGGUCAAUUUUUUUAGUUUGCUUAAUGAAAAUAGUAAAUAUAAGUACAACAUGAAAAAUAGAUAUUUUUCUAAAAAAUGUUUAGAGAAAAAUAAAGUAAAUUUCAUUAUAAGUAUAAAAAAAAUCAAGAUCAUUUGCCCAAAAGCCUCAUAUCUGGUAGAAUUUUGUCAAUUGAUCAUCACUAUAACAUCAUUAUGAGUUGACAAUUCUUGCAGGAGUUAUGCAACUUUGACCAUAUGUUGUCAAUUGUAAAAUAAGGACACCUUAUGAAUGCAACUCCUCUGAAACUGUUUGACAUCGUUUUAUCCUUUGUAGGAUUUUUGCCAUCAUGUUCAGUUAACCAUGUUAUACUGGCAUUUUGAUAUGACCUUUCUAGCAAGAGUUAUGGGACUUUAAAGAUUUUUUUAUUACUAUUGUAAUACAAUGUUACCUUGUGAAUGCAACUUUUCUGGGACCAUUUGACAGAAAGCUUCUAUACUUGGUAGGAUUGUUUUUCAGUAUGUGAAGUUAACCAUACUAUACUGUCAUUUAGAUUUGACAAUUUUCCUGGUAGUUAUGGGAUUUCUACUUCUUUUUUUUUUACUAUUGAAAUGCAGUGACAUCUUGUGCACUCAACUCCUCAAGGAGCCCAAUGCUUCAGAAUUGGGGGAUUGUUUGUUGUAGAAUUUAAUACAUAUUACUGACAUUUUUAUUUGACAAUUCUUGUGGACUUUUGACUAUUUUUGGAGACAUUUGCAACACCUUAUGUUUGAAUGCAAGUCCUCUGAUAUUAUAUGACACAAAGCUUUCAUACUUGGUAGAAUUGUUUGUCUUCAAGUUUAGUUAACCAUACUGUAUGAUUUGACUAUUCUUGAUGGAGUUAUGCGACUUUGCAGGUUAUAUUAACUUUUGUACCACAUUACACCUUGUGAUGGGACUUGUACUUUCUCGAUUUGUUAGACAAGAGUUUAUUUUACUUUUUUUUUUAACACAUGGACACUUUAUGCACAUAUCUCUUCUGAGAUCUUUUGCCUGAAAGCUUUCAUACUUUGUAGGAUUGUUUGUCAUCAUGUGAAGUUGAUUAUACUGUACAGUCAUUUUGAUUUGACAAUUUUUGCUAGAGAUAUCGGACUUUGACUAUAUUCAGCCUAUUAUAGUAUACACACACCAUGUGACUGUAUUCCACAGUUAGAAAGCUGCAACAGACUUUAACCUAUGGCAAAGCAAUCUUGAUCCUUUUUUAAAAUAUUUUCUUGUGUUCUUUUAUUUCCAACUUAUUUUUCUUUUUUGCUUCUUGAUUCCCCCUUCAAUUGAUAAUCCCAAAUUGGUUUUCUUUUGCACAAGGAUAUUUUUUUUUUGCUCUGUGUUACUUAAUAAUAGACAAAAAAAUCUGUUCAUGAACCAUGAUAUAAAAAAAACUGUGCAAUACAAGAAAAGGUGCUGCAAGGAUAUUUAUAAAAUUCCUAUUGCAAAUUCCUGAAUCUAUGCUGUUCUGUGUCAGUUUAUACUUUAAUUAUUAUUAAUUGUUGAUAAUAAAGAGUCAUCAGUCAUAA